AUGGACAAUCUCCUGGCUGAAGAUGGAGAAGUCCUUGCUGGAGUUGAGAGCAAAACAUGGGCUCAAUUGUCAAUGUUCGAACACGUCGAACGCGGAUUGAGGAGAAAUCCACAUGGACCAGCAGUGGUCUGCUUGAUGGAACAGUCAAUCAGCAUUCAAAACUUGCUGUGCAGUAAGAAUCAAAGCAGAGCACAGCCAGCUAGCGGAAUAAAGGAGAUCCAUCCUCGCAGUUCUGCUAUCGAAGGGAACAGUACUUCUUUCACGCUUACAUACACACAACUCCAUCAUACCGCCUUGAGGAUUGCUACUGGGCUGCUCGCUGUGGGUGUUCAACCCAACACAACUAUGAUUAUGCUCAUUCCAAAUGGUGCUGAGUAUGCCAUUUUACUUUGGACUUGCAUACUGUUGCGCAUCACGUAUGUAAAUUUAGACCCGAGCUUGCUAGAUAUGUCCAGUUCCGCGGCACUCAAACAGAUGCUACAAAUGGCAAGGCCACAACUUGUUGUAGCGCCUGACACGUGCAGUGGAAAGAUGAUCGACAUCGCCAUAUCAGAACUUGGAUUGCCCCAGCCGGUACGGAUCUGUUUGUCAGAUUCAGUUUUGUCGUCUACAGGAUGGAAAAGCUUCGUCGCGGUGGCUGCACAUGCAAAUUCUCAACGACUCCUCGAGGACGAAUCGCUUGGUUUGGCAGCACGGCACCAUAACCCAAAUCGGAUCAACUCUAUAAUGUUUACAUCAGGCACAUCAGGCAUGCCAAAGGGAUGUCCUCAGACUGUGGCUGCCAUGUCUUAUGCUCUACACUCGCAAGAAUGGCUCAUCGAUCCGGAUUCUGGAGCUGCCAAGUAUGCACUGAUGCAGGCACACAAUUCGCGGGGCAUCGCACCGGCGCAAACACUGCAAACUUGGCGCGCAGGUGGUGCAGUAGUCUUCACGGGACAAUCCUUCAGUGUACCCGAUGCGAUCAAAGCCAUAGACCUAGUUGGCGCGAGCUUCCUUGUAUUAACCCCACCAAUGGUGCACGAAUUUGCCAUUGAGCUUGCAAAAAUUUCCCUGGACUUGUCAUGUGUGAGGAGGAUCCAGAUAGGUGGCGAUGCUGUUACAAAAGAAGUCCUGAUCAAGUGUGCGGCACUGUUUCCGCAGGCGCAAGUAUGCGUGAACCAAGGUAUGACCGAAGGACCCGGUGUGUUCACUUGGCCGUUUCUUGGGACUCGCCCGGAAACCACUCCAUUUAUUGGAGGCCAAAUUUGUCCAGUUGGGGUUGUUGCUCCUGGUGCCAAAAUACGGCUCCAGUCCAUUGCGCAUGAAGGUAUAGUGAGAAUAAGUGAGCUUAGAGAGCUUCAUAUUUCUUGUCCGAGUAUAAUUAAAAGUUAUCUCGGAGGCCGCUCUGCAGAUAUGUUUUAUAACGACACAGAAGGGGGUUGGUUCAAUACCAGAGACAUGGCGAUGAUUGAUGAAAAUGGGCUGGUGUUCAUCAUGGGCCGACGCAAGGACAUGAUCCAGCGCGCAGGCGUCAUGAUAGCACCUGCAAUCAUUGAAAGUUGCAUUUCUACUCUUAUUCGGUCUCAGGCUAUUGUAGUGCCAGUGCCCCAUCCAGUAUUAGGCGCUCAACCGAUUGCGGUAGUCGAGUCUUUCACAAAUGUCAGUGUAGAACAAGUCAAACAGCAUGUAUGCACAGCUAUUGGCGAUGAGUAUGCCCUUGGAGGGGUCGUGUGUCUAAAGCAACUAGGAUUGGCUCGCUUCCCAGUCAAUGCAACGCAUAAAAUCAUCAAGUCUGAGCUCCAGGAGGCUGUCUUGAAAUAUUGGAAAUAA